UAGCAAUAAAAAAAGACAUUGCCCCUUCCUUAAUUACAAAACCUUGCCCAAACGUCAACAAACCUCUGUCAAGUGCAGUUUUGACAACUGACCAGUCAUGUUUACAAAAAUGUUUGUUUUUCUGUGAUUUCACAUUCCUACAACAAUUCCCAAGGUCGCGCCGUCUUCUCUGUCACUUUAUUUACGCGAAAGAAUCUCAACAAGAUGAAUCGACCGGAUUUUCGCAACCCCUUUCCCAGGCCGUGGAUGAGGGACACGGCGGCGGCAGCCCCCGCCUCGGGGAACAUCGGCCUGAAGGGCAUCGUUGCAGGGGGGCUCACUGGAGGUAUCGAGAUUUGUAUCACGUUCCCGACAGAGUACGUCAAGACACAGCUGCAAUUGGAUGAGAAAGGGGGGCGAAAACAGUACGAUGGGAUUGUGGACUGUGUUAAGAAGACGGUGAAAAAUCACGGAUUUUUCGGACUUUAUCGCGGCUUGAGUGUGCUCAUUUAUGGAUCCAUACCCAAAAGUGCAGUCAGAUUUGGAACGUUCGAAAAUUUGAAAAAACUCGCCGUGGACGAAAAAGGCGCCCUCUCGCCCUCCGGUCGUCUCCUGUGCGGUCUCGGCGCCGGCGUCUGCGAGGCAAUUCUGGCCGUGACGCCGAUGGAAACCAUCAAAGUGAAGUUCAUCAACGACCAACGCAGCGCCAAGCCCCGCUUCCGCGGCUUCUUCCACGGCGUCUCGAUGAUCAUCCGCGAGCAGGGCAUCGGCGGCAUCUACAAGGGCCUGGUGCCCACCAUCAUGAAACAGGGCUCGAAUCAAGCCAUCCGGUUCUUCGUCAUGGAAACGUGCAAGGACCUGUACAAGGGCGGCGACCCCGACAAAAAAGUCCCCAAGGCGGCCGUGGGCGCCUUCGGGGCCCUGGCGGGCGCGUGUUCCGUGUUCGGGAACACGCCGAUCGACGUCGUCAAGACGCGAAUGCAGGGCUUGGAGGCGCAUUUGUACAAAAAUACAGUCGAUUGUUUUUUGAAGAUUUGGAAGAAUGAAGGGCCGUUUGCCUUCUAUAAAGGGACGGUGCCGAGGCUGAGCCGAGUUUGCUUGGAUGUUGCGAUCACGUUUAUGAUUUAUGAUAGUAUUAUGGAUAUUUUCCAUAAAGUGUGGCCUUGAUUUUUAGGACGAGAUGGAUUUGAGAUGUAUUUUAAUGAUGGUUUUAUAAGGGGGGCGGGAGAGGGGACGUAAAUUAUUUUUUUUGUCUAAUUUAUUUGAAGUACAUUCCUGAUGCUUGUUCAAUGUUUGUGGUUGUCAUUGUUAAGUUUUGCCAUAAAAUGCUAUUUGUAUGAAAUUUUUAUUAUAAGCGAUAUGUUUUAAAA